UGAGAAUCUUAGAAGAGGUUUUCUUGCAAGAAACUUGUUCUUGCACGAAUUUGGUUCUUGGAAGAGGUUUCUAUGACACUGAGGCAUCAAGGAUGAAUGUCGGCGACGCAGAAUAAAGUUCUCGGGCCUUUGAUUUGCGAUUUCACCAUCGGCAUUGUAAUCCAUCGGUAGCCAUAGUUUAUUUUUCGAUUUGUUUGCAUUAGAAUCCAUGGGUUGUGUUCUUGGAAAGUGUUUAACUUCCAGUCGCUACCCGCGGCCUUCUGACGGCGAUAUGACCCAAUCCUGCGAUGCUCCGCCGUGUAGUUUAGAAGGAAAACAUGUACUAACGGGAAGGUUAUUGGAGUCUGUUCGUGUGCCUUCUCAUAACUUCCGUUUGGAGUACUCGCUCCUGACCCAGCGCGGCUACUACCCUGAUUCCCCUGAUAAAGAAAACCAAGACAGCUUCUGUGUCAGUACACAAAUGGGAGGUAAUCCGAAUAUCCAUUUAUUUGGUGUCUUUGAUGGCCAUGGUCAAUUCGGAUCGCUGUGUUCUAAUUUCGUUAAGGAGAAGAUUGUGCAAAUGCUAUGUAACGAUUCUAAAUUGUUGGAAGAUCCUGUUAAAGCUUAUAAUUCGGCAUUUUUGACCUUAAAUGAUGAAUUGCGUAGUAGUGAUAUUGAUGAUUCCAUGAGCGGCACUACAGCCAUUACUGCUCUUGUUCUUGGGAAUACCCUUUACGUUGCCAAUGUGGGCGAUUCGAGGGCAGUAAUGGCUGUUAGAGUUGGGAAUCGAAUUGUUGCCGAGGAUAUGUCCCAUGAUCAAACACCAUUUAGGAAGGAUGAGUGCGAGAGAGUAAAGCUGGCCGGGGCUAGAGUGUUGACCAUUGAUCAAAUUGAAGGGCUUAAAGAUCCGGAUAUUCAAGUAUGGGGUGAUGAGGAGACCGAGGGAAAUGAUCCUCCUCGAUUGUGGUUUGCUGAUAGCUUGUACCCUGGUACUGCAUUUACACGGAGCGUAGGAGACAGUACAGCGGAGAAGAUUGGUGUCACUGCUGUCCCUGAGGUUUCAGUAGUUGAGCUGACUCAAAACCAUCUUUUCUUUGUUGUUGCAAGCGAUGGAGUUUUCGAGUUCCUUACGAGCCAAGCUGUUGUUGAUAUGGCUGCAAGGUAUACCGAUCCACGGGAUGCAUGCUCAGCUAUUGCUGGAGAAUCAUAUAAGCUAUGGCUGGAUCAUGAAAACCGGACAGAUGAUAUAACAAUCAUCAUCGUUCACAUCAAGGGCUUCUCUAGUUCAGGCGCUGCUGCAAUUGUUGGGCAGCAUGGACUCCGCAUAAGCCAUGCAAGUUCAGAGUGGGGAAGCUCGGAGGCCUUUUGCUCCAUUAGAAGUGAUUUCUCAGAUCCACAGGUCUCUCAGCAUGUGGGCUUGAUGAACAGGAACACAGCAAUUGCUGUUCCAUCUCUCACGCAGUACCGACCAUUGGAAGUGGAAGUGGGUUAAUGGGGAGUAUGCCUUCCCCUAGCUGCUAAAAAAUAUUCUCGUUUCGCUUGUAACAAAGAUAUCUUAUCGUCAAUGUUGCUAGUCAGUCCUAACCACAAGAAUAUGUAUGUACAAGGAAGAACAUAUUGCUGUCUCUCUAUCUGAGAGUUGCUCCAAGCUAAAGCCAACGAAAUUAUUGUACACUUGGAAAUGGUGGCAACGAUGAUAAAUCGACGGUGUUUCUCAUUGAAUGGAAUUCAGAGAGAAGGAAAUCGACAUGAUGGUUUGGUUUGGUUUCUUAGAUUCCUCAUAUUCCCUGGGUGGUUUAUGAAGGCCUUUUCCUGAACUUUGUAUAUAUGAUGAUAUUGUACAGAGAUUCUUGACCGCAUUCUUGACUUUUACAUGAAAAUGUGUUGCUCUGAA